CUCCAAAUUAACGCUGAGGAGAAGCUCGGCCUGCUUCCCGAGAUACCGAGUCAAGCAUGCGGCCUGGGAGAGCGCCGUUUCCUUAAGACAUAGGAACAGAUUUCAGUGCGCUUGUCCUCAGCCUUUCACCCUUGUGUUGGGGCCAUGUGCAUCAAAUCUCUCCAAAGGAGUUUGUUUCUUCUGGGAUUUCUCUGAAUUUCAGGGAGAGAGUGAUGGAUUUGUAUUUUUUUUUUUUUUGAACAGCAGUUCAUCUGCAGUAGACUGAGUUGGCAGCUGCCUUCCAGCCCGCAAGAUGCUGUGUAUAUAACCUGCAGUACAUAUUAAAGCUUCUCUGUGGAGAUGGUUUUACAUUUUAUGGUUUUAUGCAUAAAUUUUGCUUCAUCAGUGUGGAAACUCUAAAUAUAUAUGAUGCACCUGUGAAUCGUUCAGUACACUUUAUGCUUACUGAAAUCUUAAAUGUUUUUAUUACAUUGAAAAUAUUUUCCUGGUGCUCCAGGCAUUCUUAUGAGCAAAAUAUCUCAUAUUCAGGACUUCUUUCAUCUUAAAGCACUGAGCGAACAAUGUCUAAUGAACAUAUGGUAGUCAGUCUUAUUAACUUAGAAAAUGAAUUUGAAAACAAGAGGAAAUAAUGCAAAGGAAUUACUGGACAACUGGCAAACUAUCCACAAGCUACAAUAUUAAAUGGGCCUGGUGGAAAUGCUUGAUACUGGGCAAGCUGAACGCUCUUAAAAAAAAAUGAAGUACUAUUGAGAAAAUAGUAUAAGUAUUAUUUCCACAGAAUGUGUCUUGACUUUUCUCACGUAUUGUUACGAAUAGCCUUCCAGUCUUCCAGUGCGUUAUACAAAAUCAUUUUCAUGUUGCGUUUACCACAAUGUGAUUUAAAUUUUUUAACCUAAUGAGUUUUGACGUUUUCAACAAAGUUUGCUUUGCAAAAGUUGCCUCUGGAGAUGGGGACGGUGCUGGUGACAUGCAUUCGUCUUCCUAAUGCAUGUUUUGCUAUCGCUGAUUCUCUAAUGAUCUUGCUUCACCAUGGCAACCAAUAUGGAGGUGCUGGCUCAGCAGGUAGUGGAGACGCAGCAGGUGGCUGAGGAAAUGCACCGUGGUAACAUAGUGUGAUGGUUGUAUCUUGCCACUGGAGAGAUCGCUCCAUCCCAAGAGUGUAUGAAGCUCUGUGAUUUCUUCCUGGCCGGUGCAGACUGUUCAGACUUCAUUAUCUGAAUCUCCAGUGAUGACCAGCCCUUCCCAACGUAUCCAGAUUAUUUCCACAGACUCCUCUGUAGCUUCACCGCAGCGCAUUCAGAUUGUGACAGAUCAGCAAACAGGGCAAAAAAUCCAAAUAGUGACAGCAGUGGACUCAUCUGUAUCUCCAAAGCAACAGUUUAUUUUAGCCAGUCCAGAUGGAACUGGUGCAGGAAAGGUGAUACUGGCAGCACCUGAGACAUCUAAUGCCAAGCAGCUUAUCUUUACCACCACAGACAACAUUGUGCCAGGCAGAAUUCAGAUAGUGACAGACACUGCUUCGGUGGAACGUUUGCUGGGAAAAGCUGAUGUUCCGCGGCCCCAAGUAGUAGAAUAUUGUGUGGUCUGUGGGGAUAAAGCGUCAGGUCGUCACUAUGGUGCUGUCAGUUGUGAGGGAUGCAAAGGUUUCUUUAAAAGGAGCGUAAGGAAGAAUUUGACCUACAGUUGUCGUAGCAACCAGGACUGUAUCAUCAAUAAACACCAUCGGAAUCGUUGCCAGUUUUGUAGGCUUAAGAAAUGCCUAGAGAUGGGCAUGAAAAUGGAAUCGGUUCAAAGUGAAAGAAAACCUUUUGAUGUGCAACGUGAAAAACCAACGAACUGUGCAGCUUCCACUGAAAAAAUCUAUAUCAGAAAAGAUCUACGAAGUCCUCUAAUAGCAACUCCAACAUUUGUUGCAGAUAAAGAUGGGGCACGGUCAGCAGGUCUCCUUGAUCCAGGAAUGCUUGUGAAUAUUCAGCAGCCUUUGAUCAGGGAUGAUGGUACAGUCCUCCUAGCUGCUGACUCCAAGGCUGAGACAAGCCAGGGUGCUUUAGGAACGCUAGCAAAUGUUGUAACGUCUCUUGCUAAUCUCAGUGAGUCACUAAAUAACGGAGAUACUUCUGAAAUUCAACAAGAAGAGCAAUCUGCAAGUGAGAUUACACGAGCGUUUGAUACUUUGGCUAAAGCACUUAAUACCACAGAUGGCUCAGCAGCUCAGAACUUGGCAGAUGGGAUGGAUCCUACAGGAGGAGGGAAUAUUCAUGUCAUCAGUAGAGAUCAGUCAACACCAAUUAUUGAAGUGGAAGGACCCCUACUUACAGAUACACAUGUCACAUUUAAGCUGACAAUGCCCAGUCCAAUGCCGGAGUACCUUAAUGUUCACUAUAUCUGUGAGUCAGCAUCACGGCUACUUUUCCUCUCUAUGCACUGGGCAAGGUCCAUACCUGCAUUUCAAGCACUUGGGCAGGACUGUAAUACAAGCCUUGUGCGUGCCUGCUGGAAUGAGCUCUUUACCUUAGGCCUGGCACAGUGUGCACAGGUGAUGAGUUUGUCUACCAUCCUAGCAGCUAUUGUCAACCACCUCCAGAACAGCAUACAGGAAGAUAAGCUUUCUGGAGACAGAAUAAAGCAAGUCAUGGAACACAUCUGGAAACUUCAGGAGUUCUGUAACAGCAUGGCCAAGCUUGAUAUUGAUGGAUAUGAAUAUGCAUACCUUAAAGCUAUAGUCCUCUUUAGCCCUGAUCACCCUGGUCUGACCAGUUCAACCCAAAUAGAAAAAUUCCAGGAGAAGGCACAGAUGGAAUUGCAGGACUAUGUACAAAAAACCUAUCCAGAAGAUACUUAUAGGCUAGCCCGGAUUCUGGUUCGCCUGCCAGCACUUAGGCUGAUGAGCUCUAGCAUUACUGAGGAACUGUUUUUUACUGGUCUCAUUGGAAAUGUUCCAAUUGACAGCAUAAUCCCCUACAUUCUCAAAAUGGAAACAGCAGAAUAUAACGGUCAAAUAACUGGCACAUCUGCAUAGUGGGAACAAUACAAUUGGAUGCAUCAAAGUAAUUUUCACAAAAACAGAAUUAAGAGAGAGAAGUUAAAAGAAUAACAGUUUGGUAUGUACAGAUAUUUCCAACUUGUUUCUUAGUUUCCUAUCAGAUUUCUUCUUAUCUGUUUGCUGACUUUGACAAAAUGUAAGCAGCUAUUAAAUGGCCUGCUAUUAGGACCUUUUCUGCCACAAGGAACGUUUUCAAUGCCUUUCAUUCAAAAGGCUAUAGAUUACUGAACAUACUUUUAACAUGCUUUGUAUUUAGAAAUUAUCAGUGGUUAAAAAUAGAGUUUUAUAAUAUCGGAGAUUAGUAAUGAAAUUACUUUAAAAGUAAAAAGAACAAUAUGUAUAUAUUUAAAAAUAUCCUUGGAAUUAAUAUCUAAUAAUUGCCAGGGUAUAAUAUUAGCACUUUGUAAGCACUUCUUGUCAAAGCGAUAAUGUCAUCAACAUCCUGCUUGUGAGUAGGGGAAAAUGAAAAAAUUGUGUAUGUCCUUAGUAAAAACGCUAGUGAUUUCUGUGAAAAUGUAGAAUGCUACAGGAGACAAUCAUUUAUUUUGCAAAAAGUCACUUGUUCUUAUGUUAUGCAUUAAAUGUGGAUUCUUAACUUAGAUUUCCACAUUGUCUGGCACUAUACUCUGUUAGAUUAGUGCAGCUGUGAUUAACAGCAUGACACAAGCAUAGUGACGGUAACAUGCUGCAGAAAUUACCCAAACUAGAAGACAGAAUUUGAGUUUCCUUCCACAGUUAUGAGGAAAUAUUCAGAUUCCUUAAAGUUUCUACUCAACCUGACACUGAUGUUUACGCAGUCCUGACAAAUACUCUGAUAGGAUGCCUUUUGAUUGUGGGGAAAAUCGGUCAUUAGCUGGAAGAACAAUCACUUUCAAGCAGAGCUGUGUGAAGCUCUUUGAGUACACCUGGGGUAUUUCCCAGUCUGCUCCUCCUCUCUGAACUCAUCGUCCAGCCAAGGUUACAAUUUAAAACCUGAAAUGUUUAGAAGCUCUAGCAGUCAGCAGAGUAUGUACUGUAAAGCUCUCCCUUCCCUGAGGACUAAGCACUCCUCCUUUUGCAAAGCUCUCAACCUUCCCGUGACCCAGUUUGAAACUGAGGUAUAGCUGUGAUUUAUACUCAGUCACAUACAAUUGCAGAUAAUGACUGAUACAGCAUGGAGUUAUAAAAUGAACUUCUUUUAAAAUUGUUUUGAAUAGUGAGCCAUCAACACAUUUUCUUGUACUAGCCCUUAUCAGCUAGCACUGCUUUCAUUUUAGUAUAAUUUAUUAAUAUACAAAUUAGUGUUUUAAAUGAUUUUUUUUGGUCACAACAAUUAUAGCUUCAUCAGAUCCUGGCUUAUUAGAUACAUUAGAUAAUUAUUUUAAUUAUUUCUAUGGCAAAGGCAUUUUCUACUUGUACAUUUUUACGUGACAAAAAUCUAAUGAUAAAAUUCAGCACUUUUGAUCUACUUCUAAUAUUAACAUUGAUGUUAAUGAACAUCAUGAAGUUGGUGAUUGCAUUUUUAAAGGUCUGAAUUGCAGCCAAGACCUUAGGCAACUUUAGAUGAGGCUCCUAAUGUAGUAACAAGUCCCGACUUGGUACGCUUCAUUCUCGCUAGGAGGCUCACGUUUGUAACACUCUUUGUGACAUGGAAGGCUAUGUAAUUUUGGCUUCUGGAUGCAUUAAAAUCUGUUAUUAAUCGCAAUAGUUAUAGCAUUCAGAAAUUUCUGUUCUCAAGAGGAUGUUACAAAGAGUCCAACAUAAAUGCAGAGAUCUGUAAUGUCGCACUUUCUUUUCUCUGAGCUUUUGCUAUAGCAAGUGAAAUUGUAUUUUUAAUGUGAAAAAAAGGCCCUCAUCUAGCAUUAAGUCAACUGGAACGCGGAGCGUUGUACUAGCUGCUGUACUGCAGCGUCACUUCUUGUGUGAUUGUGUCGGCACCUCGGAUGCAAAGUCCCUGUUUUAAGGGUAUAUAACUUAAAAAUUAAUUGUGGCUUUAACAACAAAAGAAGUACCUACCUUGGAAACAGUUGUGGCCAUUUUUGUUAAAAAUGAAAGUUUUACUGGGUUACGUCAUUGUUGUUCUAAAAAUAGUGUACAUCGAACUAUUGUGGUAUUUUUAAUUGCAAUAAGCGAGAAGAUAAUGCUGUUUAAUUUGCUUCUACUAUUUUGUAAAAAAAAAAAAAAAAAAAAAAUUAUUUAAGCAGCUAAGUAAGCAUUGUUAAUGAGACGUGUAAUAUUCCUUAAUACAAAAUACACUAGUCAUCAGAUUCAUUUUUUUCCAAAUUUUUACACACUUUUUCAUGACAAACAUCAUUUGGGCUUACAUUUUUCAGGUAAAAGAGUCCCAGUUCGUGUGCAAAAAAAAAUGUCCCUGAAUUAUUUUUUACUUACACAGUGAAAAUAAUUAAGAGAAACAAAACCCACUAUAUUUUAGAGGGGACAGAGGAAUUGGAUGAAAUAAGACUUAACGUGUAUACGCUGUGUUUGUAAAUCAAAAUGGUAAAUUUCAUGCAGCUCUGUUAACAAAUAAACCGCACUUCCGACAAAUACCAGGCCACAUGAUGGUAUCCGUCCUUGAUGGAUAUCUGCUAGUUCUUUUCUCUGCAAAUAGUACCCUGGACGUCAAUAUUAUUUUACCUGGGGUAAAAUGUUACUUUUUGUAAAUGAGAGAUCGCAAGGCAAACCAUAUCUAGGGUUUAUUUUUUUAAAUCUCAUGAAUGCAUUUAAUAGAUACGUAUUACCACCUGACAUCUAUAAAGCCUCCUUCUGUGUGGCAUCUUCAGCAUGAUUUUGCUGGGUCACGUUAGUCAGAGCCGAGCUAAUUUAGUUCUUGUGCCAAGAGCAAAAAAGUAUUUUCUCUAACUGUAACUAUUUUGAUUCAAAAAGUAACAGUUUGGACUGUAGAAAUUUUGACAGCGGAUGGCGGAUCCCACAGCUU